UUUAACAAUGGUAGGAGGGGUUGGCUGAUUGCAUUCUCUCUCUCCUCCGGAUCAUCAUCUUUCCCAGACCACCACCGCCGAUGGCUGAGGCGAUCCUUCUUCAUAAUUCUUCUUCCUCUGAUGACAAGUUUAUCACCGGAAGUAAUAGGACUUUGAUGUUCUCCGUUGAGGGUAUCGUUGUGAUUGUUGUUGUUGCUGUUAUGUUCCUCUUGUUGCUCAUCCUCUUCAUCCUCGCCUGCAAGUUCAAGCUAUGGCGUCGCUUUCUCUCUUCUUCCUCCGCUGCCUCUCGUACUCGCACCAUCAAGGCUGAUGACCUUCACAGGCCUUUUAUUUCAGAAGAUCUAAAUGUUGUUUAUGGUCACAGCAAUUCUUUUGCUAGGAAUUAUGCUCCACAGGAAGCAGAUCAGCAAAUUUUAGGGGGCUUGAGCUCACACAGGGCUCAAGGAGCUUCAAAUAACCAAAGUCCUCCUUCUGCAUCUCCCCAACUAACCCAUAGUGAUAGUUUUGUUCUUGAUAUCCGAGAUACUUCAGAAGAUGAUCUAGUUGGCCAGACACUUAAGCGUCCACUGGUGACGAAGCAGCUUGUAGAAGUGCAAAAAGUUUGUACAAAAGAUGAUUUAAAGGAUAGUCCAAGAUUUCACAUAGACAGUGAAACAUCAAGAGAAUUUGUUCCAAAAUAUAAAGCGGAUCAAAGAAGCAUCCUCACAUUGGAGGUUGUCUCGGGGCUUUCUCAUGGGACUCAAUGCUGCGUGAAGUCAACAGAUACAUCUAGGCUCCCUCUCACUCUUGGAAGAGUUUCACCUAGUGAUUUGUUGGUCCAGGAUUCAGAGGUUUCUGGCAAGCAUGCCAGGAUUAAUUGGAAUCCUAAUAGAUUGAAGUGGGAGCUUGUUGAUAUGGGUAGCUUAAAUGGUACAUGCUUAAAUUCUCGUCCUGUCCAUCAUCAUGAUUCAGGAAGCAGGCAAUGGGGAGAUCCAGUUGAGCUUGCAAAUGGAGACACAUUAACUCUUGGCACCACACCCAAGAUUUUUGUCCAGAUUACAUCUGAGACUGAGAGCCAGAUCCCAUUCGGAGUUGGCAUAGCAUCAGAUCCCAUGUCAUUGCGCCGAGGUGCAAAGAAGUUACCAAUGGAAGAUGUCUGUUAUUAUUAUUGGCCUCUUCCUGGGACUGAACAGUUUGGGCUGUUUGGUGUGUGUGAUGGACAUGGCGGAGCAGGUGCUGCUACAUCUGUUAGCCAAGUGAUGCCUCAAAUGGUUGCAAGCAUAUUAUCAGAUUCUUUCAGAAGAGAGAAAGUGUUAUCACAGCGUGAUGCUUCAGAUGUUCUUAGAGAAGCUUUCUAUCAAACGGAAGCAUGCAUAAAUCACCACUAUGAGGGCUGUACUGCUACGGUGCUUCUUGUUUGGGCUGAUGGUAACGACAGUCUUUUUGCGCAAUGUGCAAAUGUGGGAGACUCUGCUUGUAUUAUAAACAUUGAUGGAAAGCACGUGAAGAUGACGGAAGACCAUAGAGUAACUAGUUAUUCUGAAAGAUUACGAAUCCAGGCAAUAGAACCUUUGAGAGAUGGUGAAACACGACUAUGUGGCCUUAACCUUGCUCGAAUGCUUGGAGACAAAUUUCUUAAGCAGCAGGAUGCUCGCUUCAGCGCAGAACCUUAUAUAAGUCAAGUAGUGUACAUAAAUCAAUCAAACAGGAGCUUUGCAUUGUUAGCUAGUGAUGGCUUUUGGGAUGUUAUAAAUGUGAAGAAGGCAGUUCAGCUUGUAAACCAGACAAUGGAGAGAAAUUCAGCGAAUCAAGAUAAUUCUGCAGAAAAGGUAGCUAAUGCUUUGUUGGGUGAAGCGAGAACCCAAAGAACGAAGGACAACACAUCUAUAAUUUUCUUGGAUUUUGACGCUACUAACAGAAUUGGUUCUUGUAAACUUGAUCCUUAGAUUGAAUCUCAAUUAAUGUCAAUAAUCCAAAAUCUUAUAAAAUGCUUUAGCUUAGUUGCUGUA